AUGGAGAACCAUAUGAUUUUGCAGUCGGCUGAUGUGAUUAAGGAAGUUGUGAACACGAUUGACGAUGCAACGGAUGAACUGCGGCGCUUGAGUCUUGAAAUCUUCAAUAACCCAGAAACGAUCUUUAAAGAAUUCAAAAGCUGUAAGCUGUUGUCAGACUGGUUAGAGAACCGUGGAUGGGCAGUCAAUCGCGGUGUAUACGGCCUCGAGACUGCAUUCGAGGCGAGAUUUUCCGUAGUUGAAGGAGGCAGAACGGUUUGCUUUAAUGCAGAGUACGAUGCCCUCCCUGGCUUAGGCCAUGCCUGUGGUCAUAAUUUGAUUGCUAUCUCCUCGUUGGCAUCGGCAAUUGCUCUUGAAACCAUUCUUAAGAGGCAUCGAAUCCCUGGUACAAUCGUCGUAAUGGGAACUCCAGGCGAGGAAUCCGGCGGUGGGAAGUGGAUCAUGGCGACAAACGGCGCUUGGAAGGGGUUCGAUGCUUGCGUCAUGACUCAUGGUAUGCGCAACUUUAGCACGCCUCUGUGUUUGACUAAGGCUUCGUGGAAGGUACGGGUGCAGUUCCAUGGCCUGGCAACACAUGCUGCCACGGCUCCGUGGAUGGGGCGGAAUGCCUGCGAUGCUAUUGUGCAGGCAUAUAACGCAAUCUCAAUGCUGCGCCAGCAUCUUGAGAAGGGGUGUAGUAUUCAGGGAUGCAUUCUUGAAGCCGGAAAGGCUUCGAACAUUAUACCCGAUUACGCCGAAGGACUGUUCAGCAUUAGAGCUCCCACUAUGAAGAAGCUGGAUGAGUUCAAGCCCAGAUUCGAGCCCAUAUUCAAAGCUGCUGCGGAUGCAACGGGAUGUACUGUUGAGGUCGACUGGACUGCCCUUUACGAGGAUGUUGUUUCUAAUGACACACUUGCUGAGCAAUAUCGUGAUUAUAUGAUACAGCACUUGGGUAUAGAACCAGAGGAACUGCCUACAUUGGAAGAAUCUCGAGUACUUUAUGACCAACCGGGAUGCUCGGACUUUGGUAGCUGUUCCUAUAUUUGCCCAGGUAUCCAGGCUAUGUUUUCGAUCAAGGCAACCGACUUCCCGCAUUCAAUUGGAUUCCGUGAGGCAUCGGCUGGUGAGUUUGCCCACCAAGAGGCACUGAGGGCUGGCCAGGCAAAUGCACUUAUUUGCCUCGACGUUCUCACUAACAACAAAUUCGCCGAGAAAAUGAAGGAGGAAUUUAUCCAGGCCAUGAAAGAAGCCGGCCGCUGGGAGAUGGAAGGGCAAACUUGA